CGCCGCCUCGCUCCGCUCUCCGCGCUUCCCCUCCCUCCGGGGCCGGGCCUGCCCCGCCGUCGCGGAGCCUCCCGCCCGGCUGCCCGUGGCUGUUCGCGCCGUGGCCGCCGCCGCGCCGCGGGUCAGCACGUGUGCGGCCCCCGCCUCCCAGCAGCGCGGAACUCCCGUUCCGACCCCGCAGAGCGCAGCGCCCUCCUGGCGGCGGCGCGAUGCUGUGCUUCCUGAGGGGAAUGGCCUUCAUCCCCUUCCUCCUGGUGACCUGGUCGUCCGCCGCCUUCAUCGUCUCCUACGUGGUCGCCGUGCUCUCCGGGCACGUCAACCCCUUCCUCCCCUACAUCAGUGAUACAGGAACAACACCUCCAGAGAGUGGUAUUUUUGGAUUUAUGAUAAACUUCUCUGCAUUUCUUGGUGCAGCCACGAUGUACACAAGAUAUAAAAUAGUAGAGAAGCAAAACCAAACCAGCUAUUUCAGCACUCCUGUUUUUAACUUGGUGUCGUUAGUUCUAGGAUUGGUGGGAUGCAUCGGAAUGGGCAUUGUAGCCAAUUUCCAGGAGUUAGCUGUCCCCGUGGUACACGACGGCGGUGCCCUUUUGGCGUUUGUCUGCGGUGUUGUGUACACGCUCCUGCAAUCCAUCAUCUCUUACAAAUCGUGUCCCCAGUGGAACAGCCUUUCCACAUGCCGCAUACGGAUGGCCAUCUCUGCCGUUUCCUCCGCAGCCGUCAUCCCCAUGAUUGCCUGUGCUUCGUUAAUUUCUAUAACCAAGCUGGAGUGGAAUCCAAAAGAAAAGGAUUAUGUAUAUCAUGUAGUGAGUGCGAUCUGUGAAUGGACAGUGGCCUUUGGUUUUAUUUUCUACUUUCUAACAUUCAUCUACGAUUUCCAGAGUGUCACCCUAAGGAUAUCCACAGAAAUCAAUGGUGAUGUUUGAAGAAAGGAGAAUUCAAUCUCACUCAAUGAAAGUGGCAGACAAUUUCUAGAAGUGGUACAGAGGAUAGACAGGGUUUUAACACCGCCCUGCGUGGAAUUCAUCUGCAGCACAUCCAGGACUUGAAUUUCUUUAAGAAUUCCCAAUAGUUGUACUAUUUCCAAAGGUAUGUUUUCCUAGAGAAUGUACAGCAUUUAUGACAUUGUAGCAAUGUUUUUAUAAUUUUCUAAGUAGACACUUUUUUAUAUUAACAAAUUCAUUACAGAAAAGGUGUUCCAGAAAAUGGAGACCUCUUUAUUUUUUGUACAGAUUCUGUUUUGUUUCUUUGUGUGUAAGAGAUUUAUAGAAAUACACUAAAGGAAGAAUUCAUUAAAAAGUAAAAUCAGGGGAUAUUCAUUUUAAAAUUUCAUUUUUAGAGAAUGCACUGUAUAAUUUUAUAUCUCAAGAGCAUCUAUAAAAUUCAAUUUAUAAUGAUCAUUAAGAUUUCGUUAAUAAACUAACACUAAGAGACUAUGAUUUUUAGAUGAACCAAGCAAAAUGCUUCUAUUGAAAGGCCUUAAUACCACUAUGCACAUUAACUCAGUGACCACGGAAGACCACGGUUUUGAAAUUCUGUCCCCCCACGGGCCUCCCUGCUCACAGAGACCAAGCUUCUACCCUUGCUGCUAACUGGCAAUCUGUAGUGAUGUAACUCCAGGUGGGAUUGAUUUAGCAAGGCGGCUUAGAAAUCAAAAGCCUUCUAACAACAGAGUGAAAUGCAGGUGAACAACUAACAGGAGAAACUCACUGGGUUCCGGACUGUUGCCUUUGCCAGAUGAGCGGGGAGAGGGGAGUGUGUCUCAGGGAACAUCCAAGUAAGGCAGGAUUAUGGGAAGGAGACUUUUGCUUAAUACUAAACCUCUGCAAAAGCCAAUCUGCAAACAGCAUUGCAGAUUCCACUUAUAAAACUACCCUUUAUUGUUACUGGCAUAACUUGACAUACAGUCUGACUCAGAAGCUGCAACUCACACCUCACAUUCAUUUUACGCCGGUCAACAUGCUGACGGGAGCGCAGGUCUGAGAGAGGAGAAAGGGGAGCAGGGUGUGGGAUGGAGUUUGCUUGCUCCUCUUCUUAAUGACUAUGGCUGGAUGUUUGCACACUUUACAAAAUGUGAAGCAGGUCCUUGGCUCAGCAAGACCUGCACAUGGCGCCACUUUUCACCCAAAUCAUGAAUGACAAAUGAAAAGCAAGUCAUUCCAGAGGAAGAAGUGGGCCUUGAAAUAUGAAGGCUUAGGUUUAGAAGUUGAAGAGAAGGAACUCUUCUUCAAGUACCCUCCAGACCAUAAACCCAUGUUUGGCCAAGUGGGUCCAGACCUUGAGGGCAUAUGCCAAGGGCAGAGCAGCCUGCCUGGACAGCUGUGGAGGAAGGAGUGAGACUCAGUAGUGGUCAGCCACUUCUGCAAGGUCAUACUCUAUUUCCCCUAAAGGUUCAGUGGUGAGAGCCUCAGACCCACUGCUGGGUCAGUGGUAACUUGUUAUAAUGCUGUGGCUCUCUGUGUAACACUGGAACUGAAAUACUGGUUAAAGCUAUGUUCUGCAGAGGGGGAGGAAUGCCACUUACCUUUACCGUGGAACCUGCAGUAGAAUGAAUCCAGGGCUGGGUCUCCCUUGGAAAAGACUUUUGUUAUCAGCCCUUCUGGAUGCAUUGUCAUUCUUCAUUUCUAUAUCUCUCUGCGAGAUUUAGAUUGGGAGCUCCUUGAGGGCAGUGUCUGUGCCUUAAUCUUUGUCUUUGUAACUCCAGCAUUUACCAGGCUGCCUCCUGGCACACAGUAGGUGCUUAAUAAAUAAAUACUCACUGAAUGCAUGAAUGAAGGAAUGAGCAAAUGAAGGCAUGGCUAGGGGUAUUUGUAGUGCUGCAUAAUGAGAUUUACUCUGGUUUACUAAUUAAGUGAUAAAUAGUCUGUCACCUUGUAAUAUUGACUGUUUUGCUCUGUGUGCUGUAAACGUUGCAGUUGUUUGGGCUUCUCCAUUCUAUGAUGACUCUCUUCAUCCUGGACAGUUGCCACAGAAAUUGUUAAAUGGGCUAGACAAAAUGGUACAUCUGGCUUGGCAAACUGAGAAGGCCAAAAAAUCACUCCAGAUAAUCACGUUCUGCUGAUUCCAUAAAUCUCUAAAGCUGAUCUUAUCCAUAUUCUGGUAUUACUUCUAAUUUCCAUGAACUUGCAUUUCCUUGGACCUCAUGGCUA